AUGCUCUUAGACUGCUCACCUCUCACUCCUCUGCCAUGGCUCAACCAACGUUCUCAGCGGCAGCACAGCGGCGAUCAGCGACAGCUCAGCCCAGCGCCACCGCGAGCACCAGCACAACUGACAGGAUGGCAUUGGGUCUGGGCCUUUGAAAGUUGGGCAACUCCUGGAGUUGCGGUUAGUGUUUUGAGCUUGAGGACGCAGGGAAAUAAUAUGAUCAGUAUCUCUUCGUUCAUCGUGACAGAUCCGACUCGUCUCCUCUCUUGUAUCUUAAACAGGGGUUUUGAAUCAGAAUUUGAUUAUAAACAGCAUGGUGAAUUUCAUAAUUGGAGCUUUCAAGCCAGCUUGCAACAUAUUAAUCACGUUUUCUGAUGGUAAAGCUCGCAAGCAGGUUUUCAUUGUUGUUGGUAGGGUUCAGUAAUUCCACUCUUGUAGUGAUCGUACUAUACAUGUGUUAAUUGCCGAGGGCGGUGAGAAAAUUGAGAGUGUUGUAGCCAGUGGAAUUAAUGAAGGGAACUUAUUAAUGAAUUGUUACGGGCAUGGUAGUUUACCAAGUGCACACAACGUGUGAUGUGGCCUAUGGCUUGCCGUGUUUGUUGGUAAUUGGUUUAGUGUGGGAUAUGAUGGAAUGGGUCAUGGGUAGAUAGAUAUUUAGCUGGUUGUUCCUUUUAAUUAGGUCACUAGUUGCUGAUAAAUAGCUUUGUGGUAGGUAUGGUUUCCUAUUAGUUUGCAUUGUUGUUUCUUUCAUUCCAAGAUGUGAAAGGCUAUAAAAUAUAGCCAUUUCCAUUUAGUUGAUAAUAUUCAGCUGACUUAAAGACCAACUCUACUCUACUUCUUUUAUAUCCCUUGUUUCCUAAAAUCUACACACAAAAUUGGUAUUAGAGCACUUACCAAUGGACACCAGGGGAAAAACAAAUGCGGAAUUCCGCAACGACGUCAAUGAGAUCUUGUCUCGCCACGAGUCCAGUUUCGACCAGGUUAAUGCUGCUCUACAAGUCGUCUUAACUGAGCUACAAGCUUUGCGAGUUUCACUUAGUCCUCUCCACCACCAAUCAAAAAUUAACCCAUUCGGUUCCGGAGAGUCAUCCAAUCCCAACCAUGAAAAUCAUCCUCAACGGUCAACACCUCAAUCUACCCAUGCCCAGAUUUAAUGGGGAAGACCCACGGGCUGGUUAUACAAGGCUGACCAAUACUUUGAUUUUAACAACGUUGCCCAAGACCAAAGAGUUCAGCUAGCCUCUUUCCAUCUCGAAGGUCUCGCCUUGCAAUGGCAUUGAUGGCUCUCUAAGUUUCGCGGACCAGUAACGUGGAAUGAAUUCUCUAAAGCCGUAUUACUCCGAUUUGGUCCAACGGACUAUGAAGACCCUUCAGAAGCUGUUACUCGACUGCGUCAGACAACAGCAUUCGCUGCCUAUCAGGAUUCCUUUGAACGCUUAUCGUAUUAGGUGGAUGGCAUUCCUGAAAGCUUCCUUAUUGGUUGCUUCAUUGCUGAGUUAUAUGACGAAAUACGCUUGGAUGUUAAAAUCAAACACCCCACCACAAUAGCUGACACGAUAGGCGUUGCAAGGUUGGUCAAGGAACGGAACCUCUUGCAAAAGAAGUCGAACCCACCUUUUCGCAACACAUCUACUACACCGACAUUGCUACUGGCGUGCUUAGACCUCCUCCCAACGUACGAACUAUAACCAAUAUCUCAGUUUCGCCGCAUCACAACUCAGGAGGCCAUGGAACGACGUGAAAAAGGGUCUCUGUUAUUUUUGUGACGACAAAUUCACUCUGGGCCAUCGUUGUGAAUGACCACAAUUAUUCAUGAUUGAGGACACUCUGGCCUCAAGCACAGACGACGAUAAUGACGUCACAAUGGAAGUUGAAAAUAAUGAACCCAUGCCGGAAAUAUCCUUCCAUGCCAUAGCUGGCACCACCCAUCCACAAAUGCUUCGUGUCAGAGGCAAGAUGAAACAAAAAGAUGUGACUGUGUUGAUCGAAGGGGGCAGCACCCAUAAUUUUAUCGGUCAAGCCUUUAAUGCUAUCCAUAAGAUGCUCAAGGAAACACAAAUUCGAAGAUGUGAAAGAUAAUGAAAUUGAUUUUCCAUCAAGACAAAGAUCCAUAUGGAACCUUGCAUUCUUAUUUUAAGUUAAUUUGCUAGUAUUAAUAUUUUAUGUCCUUUUAAUAUUUUUAGUGUCAGGGGUAUUUUUGUAAUUUUUUUAAAUUUCUGGAAUAGGUUAUAUUUUUGGGUCAAAUUCUAGUAUUGAAUAUUCUAGAAUUUAAAGUCCUA